AUGGCCUCACCAACUACCACGCCGACCUCGGUUCUCGCCGCGCUCGCCUCCUCCUCCGCAGCGGCCACCACAGCCUCCGUCACCAAAAAGGGCGAAUGCGAGCUCCUCGGCCCCUUUGCCCUGCUCGUGCAGCUCGCGCUCGGCGGGCUGGCGCUGCUGGCGCUGGUGUUCAAGCGGUGGCGCGAGCGGCCGCAGCGGCUGGUCAAGGUGUGGGCGUUUGAUGUGAGCAAGCAGGUUGUUGGGAGCGUGUUGUUGCAUGCGGCGAAUCUGGUGAUGAGUAUGCUCUCGAGUGGGCGGUUGAGCAUGAAGGUGGAGGAUGUAAUCAUCGAGGCGAGGGACGAGAGUGGGAUCGCGAGUAGAGAUCCGAAUCCGUGUAGUUUCUACUUUCUGAAUCUACUCAUCGAUACCACCAUUGGAAUCCCAAUUCUCAUCUUCUUCCUCCAUGUUCUCACACGCCUCUUCCUCCUCACACCCCUCGGCGAGCCGCCGCAAUCCAUCGAGUCCGGGAACUACGGCUCACCACCCCGCGCGAAGUGGUGGGCGAAGCAGUCACUAAUUUACUUCCUCGGGCUGCUGAGCAUGAAAUUCAUCGUGCUUCUCAUCUUCAUCUUCCUCCCCUGGAUCUCACACAUCGGGGACUGGGCUCUGCGCUGGACCGAGGGCAACGAGAAGUUACAGGUCUUCUUCGUCAUGCUCUUCUUCCCGGUCGUGAUGAAUGCUACGCAAUAUUACAUCAUUGAUACGUUUAUCAAGGGCAAGCUCGAGGGGUUAGAGGGAGGAAGGGGCGUCGAGGACCCAGUCGACAGCGAUGACGAGGGCGGCAGUGAAGCGGAUGGGCUGCUCGCUGCUGAGGUGGAGGUGGUAAAGAAGAAGAGGAAGACCUCAAAUGACGUCGUGGAUAGUGGGAGUGGUGGGAGCAGUCGCAGCGAGGCCGUCCGGGCGAAGCUGCUGACUGAGAGCGAGGAAGGGGGUGAGGAUGCAGACGAGAGGGUAUGGCUUACACAGGAUCAGCGCGAUGAGAGGCGGUGAAGUUUCAUUACGGCUGGAUACACCGGCGCUGCAUCUUCUAUACGGGAUAAGAUGAGGAUGUAAAUAUCUCCACCUUGCAUAGCGACAGUGUCAUGAGCGAUAUACGGAGCGAGACACAUGGCAGUCAGUAUACUAGGACUAGAUACCAAAUAUGAGAAAAUAUCAC